UCCUACGGUAUCUGUGUAACCUAUUUCUACACGACAUAGAAGCAUGUACCAGGACAGCGUGUUUCUUCCUGCCAGAUAUGAAACUGAUUUAUUAAACUGGAGAUAGCCUUUGUCUCUCGUUCUAGCAGGUUGUAUACCCCUUCAAAGAAAUAUACUAACGAGUGAAACAGCUACAUUAAGAAAAAACGACCUCGACAUACUAUGUUAGGCUAUGAUCUUGCAGAUAUAAUAUAAUUGCCUGGCCAGAUUUUUGAAAUGAAUUAUACGAUAAGCAAACUUGUUAACCUAGCUACUUUACUCUUUAGCAUAACUAUAUCAUUAUGUCAAACAGCACAAGAAAGCAACUACCAAGAGGUAAAGGAGCUCGCACUCCUCAACCACCAUCAAACAGGAAAUCUCACCAGCCGUCCAUACUUCCCGUUCCUAAUGAUAGAAGGCAUGUUGCCCUUCAUGGUCCCAAAGUGACCCUCUCAGCACAGAAGUGGAAGAAUGUCAACCAAGCCAUCGAAAAGACGGUGGAUAUAGUAUUGAAUAAAAAGAUGACCCUGAAAGGCUUUGGACCCGACUCUUGGGAAAUGGACGAAGGUUUUGGAGUGGCCCUCGUGGCGGAAAUAAGACGAAAAAUCAAAGAGGACUGUACAUUAGAAAACCCUAAGCUCCAGAAGAAGCUAAGGGAAGUGGCUCGUGAUGUAACCGCAAAGGAAUUCCGGUUUCCGCUCAGGGGUGGUGGAAUUUGGUUUUGGUUCAAAAUAACCAAUCUUGACAAAGCAACUCAAUCGAUAACUGAAGCUCAGCAGGCCGGCGCCCCGUCAGAGGCUGACACAAUUCUCAAAUGUACGGAUGACGAAACAGAAACUUCAGCUAGAGGAUAUUAUGUUGCUCAACAGGAGAGGGCAUAUGUUGCUGAAGAGACCCCAUCUGAUUCAUCUUUUGACUCGUAUUAAGUUCAUAAAUAGUAGAUAGUUAUAUCGG